CCGCUCCGUGGGGACAGGGAUGGGGACUGGUCUAUAUGGGGGCAUUCUACAGGGGCAGGCAGAGGCCCACCCCCGGGACAGGGAAGGGAAAGGGCUGAGCCCAGCCUCACGGACAUAGGGAGAGGAAGGGAAUUCUGUAGGAGAUGAGUCCCGUUCCCUGGGCACAGGAAGGGGAUUCUAUAGGGGAGGGGAUAGUAUAGCGGCUGAGCCCCGCCCCUGGGGGACAGGAAAAAGGAGAGGGAAUUCUAUAAGGGAUGGGGAUUCCAUAGGGUCUGAGCCCCACCCCCUGGACACGAGGGGGGGGCGAGUUAUAUGUGCUGGGCUUUGCUCCCCGAGCACAGCGAAAGGGAAUUCUUCAGGGACUGAAUCGUGCCCCUCAGGAACGAGGAGGGGGAGGGGAUUUUAUAAGGGACGGGAUUCCAUGGGGCAGAACCCGACCCCCAGGACACAUAUGGGGGAUUCUGUAGUGGAUGGGGGUUGGAGCAGUGAGAGAGUGUGGGGAUGGCACUGGGGAUGCCCGUGGAGUGGGAGACAACGUGGGGGGCAGAGGUUUCGCCCAGGCACAGGGAUCGGUCUCCUCAGUGCGGGGGCGCUCUGUGCUGCAUGGGGUAUAGUCGCUCCCAGCACCCCCCUUCGAUCGGGGUAACGGGGGCCUGCAGGGAGCGCACCGCUCUGUGUUAGAACUGGGCGGUGCAUUGAUGGGAGUAGCAGAGACCUGGGGCAUUUCAGUGUAUCGCAAACGCCCCCUUAUAGCCCAGCUCCCCCACUCUCUCCUGGGUUGGGGACUCAGAGUCGCGGGGUGUGUAUGAGAGAACUGGGGCUGCUAAUAACCAUCGGAGCCCCCUUAUAUCCCAGCCCUCUACCCCAUAUAUCCCCGUUCCCCUCCCCGUAUCCCAGUCCCCGCCUUGAGUCCUCGCUCCCCUCUCUAGGGCUGGGGAGGGGACUCAGAGUCGCGAGGGGGGGGGGGCGGAUGAGACCCGGGGGGUGCCCCCAUCUCCUUCCCCCCACGCUGCAGAAAUAGAGCGCGGCCCCUUUAAAUUUACCCAGGAGCCCUUAAAGGAGCCCCAGGGGCCCCAGGCAGGAAUCCCCACCCCGGCCGGAGCAGCCUGGCUCGGCCGCAGCCGCCGUACGGAGCCCGGGAGUCCCCUCCCCGCGCGGGCAGGGCUCUGCGGCAGCCCCGAGCCUGCCCCGCGGCCCCGGCGCGGAUGGACAGGCGGCCGGAGGGGGGCGGGUGCUGACGGACGCACGGACAGAGGGAUGGAGCCGCCUCCCUCUCCUCCCCCCCGCCGCCCCGUCAAACGGGAGCCCCUGGACCCGGAGGCAGAGGAAUCCCCAAGCCAGGACAACUCCGGCAGCACCGAGGCCCCUGAGUUGAUGCUAGGGGGGUCCCUGGCAUGGAGGACCCCCAAGGAGCACCCUCUAAUGGCCCCAGGGGGGCGGAAGUACUCAGAUCACUGUGAGGAGCGGGCAUCUCGGCCUGGGAAGAGCCGCAUCCCUGGGCGGGACCAUCGGCGCUAUUAUCACGAGCACUGGCGGGCUGAGUACCUGAUGGACUUCAACCCGGCACGGCAUGGCAUGAUCUGCAUGGUGUGUGGCAGCGCGCUGGCCACCCUCAAGCUGAGCACCAUCAAGCGUCACAUCCGCCAGAAGCACCCCUACUCCGGGGGCUGGGGCCCCCGUGAGAAGCAGGUCAUCAUCCAGAGUUGGGACGCCCACCUCGGGCUGGACGGGGAGCUUGAGGGGCACGGAGACCUCGCCCAGGCACCUGACAGCCUGCAGGGAGCACAAGGGUUGCUGUCGGCGGGGGGCGGGUUCCGGCGUCGGCGCCGUGCCCCAUGCCCAUUCCCACGGGGGGCUGCCCGGCGGCCGGCGCUCGGAGGCAGGAAGGCAUCACCCAGCGCCCGCCGGCUGGAGCGCUACGUGCGUGAGUCCCUGCAGAGCUGGUUCCAGGCCGAGUUCCUCAUGGAUUACGAUGCCCAGGGCAACCGGCUGCGCUGCAUGAUGUGUGGGCGUGGGCUGCCCAGCCUCAACCUGGAUGACAUCAAGCGCCACGUGCUGCAAGCCCACCCCGCCUCGCUCGCCUUCAGCCCCGCUGAGAAGGGUGCCAUCCUGGAGGCCUGGAACUCCCGCGCCCUGGUGCUGGCUGCGGGCAAGGGCUGGGCGCCGCAGGGGGAGCGCCCUGCAGAGCCCGAUGCCCCCUCCCCUGGGGACCUUAGUGCUGAGGCCUCUGAGCCAGGCUCGGCAAUGGCUGCCCCAGAGCCAGAGGAGAGCAGCUCCCCGGAGAGCUGGGCCAAGGAGGAGCCUGUGGCGCCGUGGGAGCUGGAUGCGGGGGGGCCGCUGCGGGGUAAAGACCAUCGGCGCCACUUCCAGGAGCACUGGCGGCUGGAGUACCUGAUGGACUACCACGGCGAGCGGCACGGGCUGGUGUGCAUGGUGUGUGGGGGAGCACUGGCCACCCUCAAGAUGAGCACCAUCAAACGCCACAUCCGCCAGCGGCACCCUGACUCCACCCUGCUCAGCCACCAGGUCAAAGCCCUGAUCGUGGAGGAGUGGAACCGCAAGGUUGCCCAGCUGGUGGAGAUGGGGGCACCUCUGCCAGAGCAGGCCUCAGGAGACUCCCAGAAUCCUUUGCAGCCAUCUAGCCCCGAGGAGCUGGAUGAGGAUGUGCAGCUACCUGCAGAGAGGGAGGGGGAGGAGGAGGAAGAGGAGGAGGAGGAGAGUGUGUUGGUGGUGGGGACGCCCCCAUCCACCCCACAGAGCCCCGCUGACCCCACAGCUGGCCCCCAGACGGGCCCGGCACCUGCACCGCGGCGGGAGCAGCGGCGGAACUACCAGCUGCACUGGCGCGUGGAAUACCUGAUGGACUACGAUGGCAGGCGGCACGGGCUGGUGUGCAUGGUGUGCGGGGGGGCGCUCGCCACCCUCAAGGUGAGCACCAUCAAGCGCCACAUCCUGCAGGUGCACCCCUUCUCCUUGGACUUCACCCCAGAGGAGCGGCAGACCAUCCUGGAGGCCUACAAUGAGACGGCCCUGUGCUAUGAGCCUGCCCUGGGGGAGGAGUCUGAGGUUAAGCCCUGCCCCUUCCUCCAGGCCACUCCUGCUGAUGGGGAAGAGGCAGAGUUGGCCUGUGCCCCACCCACCAGCACAGCAUAGUUGAUGGACAGGACUCCAUCUUGACUCCUGGGAGCAAGGGUGGGGGGUCCAGGCUAUGGACAGACACCCCUUGCUUAGAGCGUUUGUUUGGGAGUAGGAUAGGGGGUUCUGCACCCACCCAUGCUACAGACGUUGCCCCGUGAACUACACAGCACCUUCCCCCACUCCCAUCCCCACCCUGAUGCAUCUGGUCCUCACGCACUGAUACUCCAUAGCCCAAGCUGUGGGGUGGGGGAAAGGGCCUCACAUGGCCCCCUGUAGCUUUUAAUCCCCCCCAUCCGAGCUGGGGAUGGCACAGAAAUGGGGUUGUUGGGGAUGGGGUCACAUGGGGCUGGAACCCAGCUGCUCAGCGAGCCGGUGGGAUAGGGCGUUUGCAAGACAUGGGUGGUGGGGGGAAGGGAUGAAAUCAUCUCCCUGCCCGGGGCAGGCACUAGUGAGCAAGGGGGCAGCUGCUCUAUUUAAGGGGCCAGUUCCAAACCCCUCCUGGGACUCUUCCCGGCCCCCAGGAUAGCUGGUUUGAAAAGCUAAUGCUCCCCGGCUGCUGCUACCAACUCCCAGCCUCCCCCGGAUCCCAUCUGGCCUCCAAACGGGGCCCAUCUCUUCCUGUCGUCCCCCCGCAUCCUCCCCAGCUGCAGGUUUUCACCCCAGCAGCCUCUUCCUGGCACAGGUGCAGACUGGAAUCCAUGUCCCUUGGAGCUAAUUGGAUGUAAGCCCAAUGCUCCCAUUGACCUCCCCUUUCCCCAACCCACUCCAGGGAAAGUGCCACCCUCUGUGGAGAGUCUAGACUGGCCUUUGCAGUUGUUUAUUAGCUUAAUUAGCUCCAGGAGUCAUCGCACCUCACCUAGAUGCAACAUCCUAAGAAACUUCCUUGGGCUGAAGUUAAACUGACCCUCCCCCGCUGGCACCAGGGAGCCCCGCUAAGUAACCCGCUCCCCUGCCGAAUGCCAAGCAGUGCCGCUCACGUGAGCUGUGCAAGGCCUCGGCCUCCAUCACACCCAUUUUUAUACCAGCCCCAAGGGCGCGUGGAUGGUCACCCAACUGGACCACAGCGUUUUAUACUCGCUUCCACCUGGUGUCAAGGGGGGAAGCGGGGUCCCUGCCUUGAGCUGUGGGGGCUGGAAUUUCAAGUACUGAAGCAAGGUCGGGAGCAGGGCUGCGGCUGGGGGGCCUCGGACGGGGGGUAAGAGAGGUUGAGGCUGGGGGGCCUCGGACGGGGGUAAGGGAGGUCGAGGCUGGGCUGCAGCUGGGGUUGGGGCUGAGGUCUGGAGUGGGGACAGAACUGCAGCCAGGGGCCAAGGCUGGGGGCGGGAGCAGAACCACAGCCGCCAACUGGAAAAGGAUGGGUCAUUUUCUGCUCGAGCUGCCAGGCUUCACAAGGGUCCUGUCCUAAGCUCCCAGCUGCCCCUUGUGUGGCCAAUAGCCCUGUAUCCCUCCACCAGGCAGAGGCAGCAUCUGUUGAGUGGCAGCGAUCCCUCCCCUUCGUUCUUGGCUCUGCACUGGCCCCCCUCUCCCCAGUGAUGGGGGUGGGGAUUGAUGUAGGUGCCCGGGGCACUCCUGCAUGGUCCUGUCUCUGACGUAGGCUGGCAAUGGGAUACUGGUCUAGAUGGGCCUAGUGUUGUAAUGCAGAGGGAGGAGGGGGACACUGGCUUUGAUGGGCCCGUUGGUCUGAGCUGGGGCAGGGAGAAGGGAGACCUGGCCCCAUAGGAUGCAGGAUGAAAGCUCCUUGCAAACCCUUGACAAGCUGGAGCCGCUGGCCCCUGACUGCCAUAGACAGACCGGGGCAACGCUGUCUCCCCCUUCCCUGCUUGCCAAAGCUGCUCCUGCUGGCAGCAGAGAACGUGAUGCCGCCCUACACUGAGCACACGGGGGCCUGUUCCAGCUGCUACUUUGCUAAUGCUAGCCAAUGUGCCCCUCCCAGCUGCAUUCAGGGGCAGUGGUAAGUGGCUCCCACUUUACAAGGGGGAAACUGAGGCACAGAGGGGCUUUCCCUGUGCUCGACUCUGGCUUUCUGGAAGAUGGCCCGGCCUUGCAACUCCAGGGGGUGGGAGAGCCGCUGGAGACAAAUCCACCAGCAACCGCCUGUACUUGCACCCUUGCUCCUAGCCUGCUCUGAUCAGGGUACUGAGCCAGUUGUGGAUCCACACUAGUGCACCCAGCCUCCUUAGCACAGGGGUAGAGUGUUACCCUAGAGCGUGGGGGGAGCCCUAGGGUUACCCCACCAACCCCUUGCUGCUGCCCCCACUUCUCCUCCAAGGCACUGGGGCCAUUCAGUUUUGCUCAUGUCACUCUAAUCAUCCAUAGUGGGAGAUCUUUCAAUGCUUCCCCCCCAUGUCAUCUCUAGGCUGGGGGAGGAGGGGGACCCGCUUUCCGCUCUCUCUGACACAGCAGCCGCCCCCUUGUGCUGGGGCAGCUCUGCUCACGUGCAGCCAGGCUCCAACGUGAUGGGUUUUAAGCAGCCUCCUCUUCAAAGUGCACCGGGACAGCACCCUUUGAGGCUCCAUCUCCGAGCAGCUGCAUGAGCCCAUCAUCUCCACUUGCUGUAGAGAAGUUGCCUAUCAAAGAACAGCAAAAUGCAGCCAUGGGGCUAUAAUGCUGCAUGGGAGGCAGACCUAGUGGUUAGAGACCUGGCUUCAAUUCCCUGCUCCCCCAUAAACUUCCUGUGGUUCCUUGGGGAACUUAUUUAGGCUCAGUGCCCCUCUCUCUACAAUGGGGAUAAUAGCACUGCUCUGCCUCUUGGGGGGAGGAGGGAGAAUAAAUGCAUUAAGGAUUCUGGGGGGCUCAGAUCCAGUGGUACUUUAGAUGAAAGGUUGCAGCUGAUGGGCUGUAGGGUUAGAUGGGGGCCCAUUGGUCUGAUCUGGGAGCAUGGGGGAAGCAGCCUGGCUGGGCCUAUUGCUCUGAGCCAGGGAAGAUACUGGGGGUAGGAGGGGCUCGAGAGGCCUCUGGUUCUGAUCCAUGCUGCAUAAUCUAGACCAAAAAGGUGCUUAGAUGUUACAGCAGAGUUGCCUUAGCACAGCUGAGGGGGAAGUGAACUGGGGAUAGAAACAAGGCCUCAUUCUCGUACAGCUCCUCUCCUCUACUGCAAGGAAAAACCCUGGGCCCUGGCUUGGCUCAGGUUGUGACAGUAGAAGGGGGCAGAGCUAGCACGUUACUAUCUAGAGCCCAUCAUGCAGGGCUGGAUCUGCUGCUAAACACUCCCCUCCUCAAGGAGGAAUAGUCCCCGGACACUUCGGGCUCCGGUAGCUGUGAAGAGCAGAAACCAGCCAUAGCAAUGGGUGGUGCUGAAUUCCCACCCCACACAGCUCUCAGCCGAGAAGGGGCAGGUCUUCCUCCUUCCAGCCAAGCUCUGCUGCAGUCCAGGGUUGGCGGGGGGAGUCUGAUGCAAAUCUAACAGCCCUACCGCAAGCCUCACGUUUAGUGCCCCAUGGCAAGCCCCUCCUUUCAAGAAUAGCUUUGGGCUCCAGCCAGCACUAUGGCCCCUGCCUGAGCUAUUAAGAGCUGGGUGUAGCGAUGGGAAGGCAGGAGCUGUGCAGCAGGCAGCUGGUAGAAAUACCCAGCUCCCAGCCUUCUAGACUGAAUGGCUCUUUCCUGUGAAGCUGCAUAGCUAGUGUUCAAGAGCUGCCUUUGUGUAAUCAUGCUUCCUCUGUGCGCCCACCCCAGCCACGAAUGGAGGUUCAUAGCUCUUCAGCUUCAAGGUAGAGGCCUGAAGAGCAAAGUAGGACGGUGAGCCCAGGAAUCCCUUACCCUACACAGCAGGUUUGGCGGGAGGGUAGAAGACACAAGUUAACAUUCCAGGCCUUCAUGGGUAACACGCCAAGUGACAUCAAGCCCCUGCCCCAUGGCACAGGGCUGCUUUUUCACAGGAGCUGCAGGCUCUCCCUCUGGACUCAGAAGGUGCCUGCACCCUGGAGGCAUUUUGCUUGUAGAUUCUUACCUUGGUUUUAGUGCUAGCUCCAGCAUCUCAGAGCAUGCUCUAGUGACCACGCCUGAUGUGUUGGAAGUGGUUAUCCAAGGGGAGUCUUCGUGGUUCCAACGCUGUUGCAUGAAUGGUGUUCAGAGCCAUCUUCUUGGGCUUCCCUUCUUCCAUUCCAGCUCUGUAUAUACCCUGCUCUGGAGAGCAGGUAAGGUGGGUUCUUAACAUACAAAGAUAUGCAAAGUUAGGACAUUUCACAGUCUCCAUUGGUGCAUGCUGCGGGCAAGUCCAGCAAAGCCGGUUUCAGACUCUCACGUGAAGUCUAUAGUGAUUGGUAGCUGCCAUCGGUUUAGGUUUUUGUACUUUACCAGCGUAGGUACCACUAAGAUGGUAGGUCACUAGGCACGGGAACAGUCACGCUUGCCAGUGUAGGAGGUAGGUAGCCCAGCUUAGAGGCCUCACUUUCCAGAAUUUUCCAGGCGUAUGGAGAGUAGCAGCUUGAUUCAAAUCUCAAUCUUCCCUACCACGAAUGACGUUACAAAAACCAGGUGGCAGGUUGGUGUCAUUUGAGUUACGGACUUAGCUGUGCCCAUCUUGACUAGACGCUACAAUCAUCUCAGUUAAGCCCUACCUGAAGCCUGAGUGGUUUCGAGUGAAAUGUUUUUAUACACCACCCCUCCCUCCCCUCCAGAGAGCGACUUGCUCCUUGUAGCUACCAUGUAAAUGUUCUGAAUUAUAUUUAUAUGCCUAUGUUACACUUUAGUGACAGUAUUGGAAUAUUUGUACGUGGUCCUCGUGAAAAGGUGUUUUGCAUCAGUAUGUUUUUUUAUAUGCAUAUGUUUUGUAAACAUGUUAAAUAAAGCCUUUCAAAAGA